AUGCGGUUACAAGAACAUUACCUCACACGCAAUUUCAAUGCUGUGUAUAUUAGUCUAGCAUCAUACAAGCCAGACACACAAGACUUUGAUGAAUUCUGGAAGUUGAAGAUUGGUAGUACUUGGAUGAGUAUUAGUAGCAGCAUAAUGCCAACUAGGAUUAUCGUCGACGAGGCACAAGUUAUCUAUGGUGGUGUUCAGUUCUUUUGGGGUACUUUGAAGGUACUUUCAUCGACCUUGGGCCAACACGAUAUUCGAGUGCUCUUACUGGGUACAUAUCAUCCAACUUACAACAUUGUGAUGCCGAUGACAUUCCCAGAUGCUCUUGGAUUAUCAUCCCUUCGUUUGACACAGGGCGAAUUUGGAAAGCUUGUGGGCAUGUACGUCCAAAAGCGACAAAUGGGUCGGCCCUUCAACAUUACCAAGUCUGUUGAAAAGGUUAUCUUUAACUUUGCCUGUGGAUACGUUGGAAUAUGCCGGACAACUUUGACAGACCUGUAUCAGAAGUUUCCGAACAGUAGAUCACCAGAGGAUAUGCUGAAGCAUCUUGCUUCAAGGGCAUUUCUGAAUCGUUUAUUGACUUCGCAUGCUCUUUAUUGGGUACAUGACUGGCAACCGAAAGAUCAGGAAGCUGACUUUCUGCAUAAGUUGCUACUCAAAU